GUUCCCGGCCGUGCGGUGUGUGGUGCCCGGCGAUGUCCAGGAGCUCCCGGGCGGUGCUGGUUGUCACCGCGCUCCUCUCCGCCGCCACCAUCGCGGCCGUGCACGUCCAGCAGCGGCGGGAGCGUGAGAGGCUGCACAGCGGUGUGCUCAGAGAUCUGGAGAGACAGAGUCAGAAAAGGGAAAACAUUCGCCUGCUGGAAGAGCAGAUCGCUUUGACGAAGCGGCUUACGGAAGAAAGAGACAAGAUGCUGGUGGAAAAGGGAUCCCAGCAGCCCUAGGUGGGACCUGACUUGUUAGAGGUUUGAUUCGAGGCACUUGGGACAAUUGAAUUCUAAUUACUUUCAAGUAUUUCAGUAAACAGACAUCACCUGUGAAAGACUGUUUAUUUCAGACACAUUAUAUUCCUGUACCAGAAGCCAUAGGGCACAGCAGAAUAUUUCUUCCAUCACUAGUACUUGUGGAGACUUGACACAGCCAGUGUGGAUGGACGUGUGAAUGUAGGGAGGACAGGCUCCUUGUGCUGCUGUAGGCCAUGAAGGAUGGCUAAUAACGUCCACAUGAGCGGGCUGCUGAGCCGACACGAUGAUGAAGCCACGAGGACUUCGACGUCGGAGGGUCUGGAGGAGGGUGAGGUGGAAGGGGAAACCCUUCUGAUUGUAGAGUCU